AUGGCUUCCUCUCCUGAUUCAAGCAGUACAGUAGUUAGGCGCCAUCGGCCAUAUAACACUCCGUCUGCCGCUGCUGCACGCGCACGGACGUCGCCUCGCCCCUUCUUGCCCCAGCCGUCUCGUCCCGUUAGUGCUUCUGGCAGGGAUGAACCGAGUAGUAGCUCCGAUGCUUCUCGCCCUCCCCUUCCUCGAGUGUCUGUCCCCACUUUCUCAGAGCGUAAGCGCCCGCAGGGUCAGCUGAAGCGCAACGCGGACGCUCAGCCACCAUCCCCUCGCCAUCGCAUGACGAAGAAAGUACGUAAGGCGAUCACCGUGAAGGAGAAGCUGCACUGGUUGAAGCUGCAAGACUCUCAGCCCGACCUGGGGAAUCGCGCCUUGGCGAAGCUCGCGAAGGUGCAGCCUUGCCAGAUCCGGGAAUGGAGGAAGAUGAAGGAGCGGCUGGACGUCGCAUCUGGCUACCGCCGUCGCCUCAUGGGAUUUGGCCGCAAGGCGAAGUACCCGUUCAUGGAACGGGCGCUAAUUGACGACGAGCUCGUUGUCAACCCCUUCUACGCCGAGGCCCCCGUGCCGGCCGAGGAGCUGCAGCCGGCAGAGGAGGAUGUGGCCGCAGAGGAGGAGGAGGCGGCGGAGGCGGCGGCGGCGGCGGAAGAGGAGUGGAACACGCCUGAAGAAGGCGAGGAGGCGGGAGUGUUCAACGACGAGGAUGAUGAGUGGUGGCGCGCCGGCCGCUAUGGCGGAGAGGAGUGUGAGGAAUGGGUCGCAGGGGACGAUGAGGACUAG